AGUUUAAAAAAAUCAAUUGUCGCAAAAGGUUCGGUCAGAGGAGCUCUAAAUACUUUAAAGGAAUAUAGCAAAGAUCAAGAAUAAAAAAUGCAUCGGUCGGUGUUGCUGCUGCUGAUUUCAGUCCUCGUGCUGAGUGCAGCAUCUGCUCUGCCAGCAAGUCUGGAGGAGUCUCUAGAGGAGGACUCGCAGCAGGAGUUGAAGGCGGACAGCGUCGAGAAGGUGGAUAGCAUCGAACUUCCCAAGGCUUCAGACAGCUCAUCGGAGGAACAAAAGGAUGCUGCUGAGGAUAAAGUUGAAUUUAAGAUUGAUUCCGUAUCAUCCGAAGAAGACAAUCAGUCCGAGAAAACCGAAGAACACUCCAUGGAGGUCUCCCCCAGAAGACGAAGAUCCGCUGAAUGGGAGAGGUAUAGGAAUUUAGAGCUCCUUGCCACCAUUUGCCCUAAAAAGGACUUUAAGGAUCUGGAGGAGAGCCCUUCAAUAAGUUUUAGAAUCGAAAUAGAAGACAUGUAUGCGGUUUGUGCUAAGUUAAAGGACAGACAGUCUUAAAGGUGACUCUGGAAAGGCACGAAAAAAGGUGCCACCUUAUGAAUUUAAAUAAAGUCUAAAGAAACCCCAAGCUGA